UGGAUAAUGGAGUAGUGAUUAGUGGCAGGAAUUUCAGCAAUGCCAUAAUUAGAGCACUAAAAAUAGUGAUGUUCUCGUUAGUCUUUUCUGUUUGUCAUUCUUUCCGAUGCAUACUAUACAGUGUCAGUUAAAAGUCCGUGUCAAAUGGGAUAUUUUUUUUAUUAGAGACAGGACAGGAUACAAUUAGCACAUGCACUUUCAUAAACCAUUGGUUAGGCAACCAGUAAUAUUGAUUGGUCAUUUGGAAAUGGAAACUGUCAACCUAUGCUGUCAACUGUCAAUCCUAGUAUUUUUCCAGUUUUGAAGGAUUGUUUUGAUUUAGUUAAUUCGUGGUUUAUUCCUGAAUAUAUUUAUAUCAAAGUGCUUUAAGACACAUUUAAGUGUGAUAAAUAGUGUUACAAUGAACAUGGUCUCGGCCGGGUAUAUUCCUGGCGAUCCUAGAUUGAUCGAACAAAUUGUAUAUGAAUUAAAAUCACAAGGUAUUUUUGAUCAGUUUCGAAAGGAGUGUAUUGCUGAUGUAGACACAAAGCCUGCUUAUCAGAAUUUGAGGCAAAGGGUUGAAGGAAGUGUUAAUAACUUUUUAAUGAAGCAAAAGUUUAGUGGAAAUAUGAACAAAAAUCAGAUACGAGAACAACUACGCAAGAAUAUUUCUGAAUCGGGAUUUUUAGAGACUGGUGUUGAACGUAUAGUAGAUCAAGUAGUUAACCCAAAAAUUAAUACUGUUUUCCUACCGAAAGUAGAGGAUGUUGUGUAUAGAUAUCUUGGACUGGAAAUUCCAAAUCGUGAUUCUAGAAAGGAGGAACUAAAAGUCGAUGUUACUGACUUAUUACCUAACGAUUUGGAAGCAGUUUCACCAGAGUCUGUUCACGAUCAAUCCCUUAAUGUCUCUUCCGAUAAUAAGCAAGUAAAUACCGAAUUGAAUGAGAAUUCAUUAAAUAGCUCAAAUACGAAAACUGAAGAGGAUGAAAGUCCAGCUUUUGAGCUUUUGGAAGAAAAUACAAAGUUUUCAUUGCAUAAUGAGAAUUCAGUGGAUUUGAACUCUUCUGAAAAAGCAGUUUCAUGUAAUGAAAAAUUGAUGAUUGUGGAAAAUUCUCAGGAUAUCUCUCAAAGCUCAAAAAAUAGUUUUGAUAGUCAUUUAUCUAUUGAAACAUCUGUGGAAAGUUUAAAAAUGGAAAUUUGUAAUGAUAAAAUAAUAUCAGAAGAAAAAAUGAUAGUUGAAGAAAGUAAAAGUGAAAAUCAAGAUAUGAAAGUUACGGAGGACACAAUUGAUGCAUUUAAUAAAAAAAUUGAGGAUAGGAAAAAUGUUGAAUCGAAAGUUCCAGAAGAUAAAAGUAAUGAUGUAAAAAAAAGUGACGAUAAGAGCAAAUCUAGAAAUGAUAGAGACAAGAAAGAUGAUAAAGAUAAAAGAAGCAGAAGUAAGUCAGAAAGUAAAUCAAAAAGUCACAAAGAUCAUAGGUCAAGUUCAAAACAUAGUUCUUCAAGGGAUAAAGAUAAAGAACGAAAAGAUUAUCGAAAUGGUAAAGAAAAAGACGAUUCUGAGAAAAAUAAACAGGAGAAUAAAAAUAAAGAAGGUGAUACUAAAGAAAAAAGUCAGAGGUCUAAAGACAGAAAUGAAAAAGACGAUAAAUUGAAAAGCAGUAAAGACAAGGAUAAGGCACAAAGGGAUAAGGAUAAAUCAAAGAGUGAUAAAGACAGAAGUAAACACAGUUCUAGUUCUAGUAAACAUAGUAAAUCAUUAUCUAGUUCUUCCAGAAAAGACAGCUCUUAUAAAGAGAAAGAAAGAAGUGAUGAAAAGGUAAAUGACAAAGAAUCGUCCACAAGUAAAAAUAAAGAUGUAUCAAGUAAAGAAAAAGACAAUUUAAAAACUUCUAAAGAUAAAGAUAAACCAAGAUUAAGUUCAAGCAGUAGUAGAGAUAAAGAAAAAGAUAAACAUCAUAACGACCUUAAAUCACGGUCAUCUGAUAAAUAUAAAAAAAGCAGUGACAAGAGCAAGUCAUAUCAUGACAAGAAAAGUUCGUCAAAAAAGGAAAAAGAUAAAAAAUCCGUUGAUGAUCAUUAUAGUUCUAAAGAAAAAAGAAAUGAUAGAAGAUCUACAGAUAGAGAUUCUAAUGAUGGUUCAAGUAAAAGCAGUAGACAUGAUAGCUUUACUGAUAUUCAGUUGCAAGCCAACAAAAGUAGCAGUAAGGAGUCUUCCGAGGUUUUUAGCAGUGGUAGUGGAGAAUCUAAUAAUUCUGAUGCAAUAGAAGCAACUAAAUUUGAGCAAAAUCCACAAGUUUCUGUAGAUAAAAAGAGUGAGGUUUUACAAUCUAUAAAGUAUAUUAAACCAAAAUUUGCCUCAAAUAUUCAUGAAGCAAUGAAAAUUAUGAAAAUUCGUAAACAGCUGGCCAAAUUGGAAAGAAAUAAUCAACUUUCUCUUUCUAAUAUUCAAUCAACUAGUGACGAUAAAACUGUUCCCAAUAAUUCAGCUCUAGCCUCGACAAAACCUUCAGAAUCUUUAAGCAACGAGAUUGAAACAGUAAAAUCCUCUGAUAUUCAGGCACUGAAAAGCAAAGAUUUAAGUACGAUAGACUCAACAAAACGUAAUUCAGAAUCUUUAAGAAAUAAGACUAAAACAGACGCUUUAAGUAUGAUAGAAUCAACAAAAUCUAAUUCAGAAACUCUAAUCAAUGAGACUAAAACAGAAACAACUUCCGAGGUUCAGACAUUGAAAAGCAAAGAUUUAAGCAUGGAAUCAUUUGAAGCGCUAGAAGCAAGAUUAGCUCAAGAAAUGUCAAAUGUAGACUACCACAUGUAUGGAGACGAAGAUGAUACCUUUGAAUGUAGUUCUGUUUCUAUCAGUCCAGCUAAGAAGAAAAAAGACGACGAGCCCAGUAAAUUGCUUGCUACGGAUGUCAUUUUUGAUGAUGUUGGAAGCAUAUCUAAUAUCAACUCUAAUGUUGAAAUAGGUGAAGAGAUAGAACUUCUUUCGCAACGUGACAAUAAUAUAACUGAAAAUAAUGAUAAAACCGAAUCUAUAAAACUAGCCAAUACCGAAAAUGUGACACAAGCAAGUCAAACUUUAAACCCAACAGUUUCAGUAGAUACCAAAAACAAUCUGUCAGAUAAAUUGUUAAGUAAAGAUACAGAGAACAAAGGUGCAAUAGAAUGUAGAAGUACAAAUAAAGAAAGUGUUAUUCCAAAAGAGAAUAAAUUAAAGGAUGCUCAAAAAUCAACUAAAUUUAUAGACGAUAUUCAGAAGAAUGGUAAAAAAUGUUUUAUCAAAAUAGAUAGAAUGGAUCUAGUAUGUUCAAAGAAUUCCAAGAGCAAUGAUAUUAACCAGAAAUAUCUGGAAAAUAAUAGUUUAUUAAACAAUAUACAUAAUUCUAUUAAAGGUACUUCUAGUAUUCAUAAUAACAGUACUAAGAAUGCAGAUAUUAAAGAAGACAACAUAUUUAAAGGAGAGGAUGAUAAUGCUCCUUGUUAUUACUUCAAAGAGUGCAAUUCGGAAUACAAAAAGAACAUUAGUAAUAUGGAUAAAAUAAUUAAAGGUUUAGAAAUGGUUAUUCAGAAACGGACAUUGGAAAUUCAUAACAAUAUACCCACAUUACCAAAGAGAGGUCGAAAGCGGAAAGCUCCAAAUACAGAAAACAAUAAUAAAACUCCAUAUAUUAUUCAUCAAUCAGAUCUGAAAAACAAACCACUCCAUGAAAUGAGAAAGGUGGAAAUCAAAGAGGCCUUAUACGGUUCAGGUUUGACUUUAAUUCUAGAUGUCUCCCACAAUCAGAACUUUAGUUUGCCUUUGAGUCCCGCCGAAAGUGACAAAUCGGGAGAGAUUAAGAAAGAGGAAUCUAUUACUGUUAAAACCAAAAGGACUGGCAGAGUGUCAGUGGGAAGAGCAAAUGAAAGAUACUCUAAUGAAGAUUUAUAUAAACCCCGACCAGUUUUUAACUACACAAGUUCUCGAAGAAGAGGUAGAACUGAAUAGUUUCUAGUAUAGUAGCUGAUAUAAUAUAUUAUUAAUUAAUAUUUAUGUAUAUUUUUUUAAAAGAAAUUGUAUUUUUACUCUUACAAAUAGCUUCAAGUAAUAAACAUUUUACUUAA